UGUUGAUUAUUGAUUAUUCUAAGAUUGAUUCAGAAAAAAAAAAUUGAAUUUUAUGUCAAAGUAAUGAUUGGUAGACAAGUAACUUAGAAUCGCCCAAAUGUAAGAUAAUAUAGAUAGGAAAUCCAGUUUUAUCCAUAACAAAACAAAAAUGUGCUUAUUUUUUCCAUCCGAUCGUUGUCAAUUUUUAGAAACAAACAGGUAAAAAAAAGAGGCGUCAUUUGAAUUCAAUAAUGAUUUUUGUUUUUUUUUUCGACUAUCACUGCUAUAGCCAAUGGUGCCAGAAUGCAUUCAAGCAUCGAAUAGGCCAAAAAGGCUGAUCUUACUUGUUGUUGAUUAUUAUUAUAUGGUUACUUUAUUUCUUGUAUAGCUUCUCACACACAUAGCGAAGCAAUUGUCUUCGAUAUGGUAGACAUCAUUUGAUAUGAUGAUGAUGGCAAAGAAGUUUGGCGAACACAUUUUUAAUGUUAAUUUUCGAGGCCAAAACAAACCUCUUUCUUUUUUCUUUCUUUUUAUUGUCGUCGAUUUUGUAAGCGAAUCACUUUUGCUUCGUAUAUAUGAACAAUGGUGUGUGUGUGUGACUUGUUUCAUAUUUCAUACCUUAAUCAUUACUGCUCAAUGUGAGAAAGAGAAGGAUACUGCUGAAAAAUCACGUAAAGCAACAACAUCAUCAUGUUUUUUUUAUAUUGUGUCAUCCCCAUUUUUUUUACCCCUUUCAUCGAUUAAUAGACGUAUAAAUUGCAUGAGAAAAAUGUAAAAAGAUUUCGCCUCAGAAUUGAAGAAAUGUUUUCACAAUUAAUCUUUGCGAAUGCAAUGGGAAACUUUACCAGAAUCACGUGUUAUUCAUACCAUAUGUGUACAGAUUUACUGGUGCCACAAACAUAUUUUAUUUCGAAUUUGGCCGAAUUUGAAUUCGAUUCAUUCGAAAUAAUAUUGAUCUGUUAAUUGAAUCGAUUGGAAAGAAAUGCGAGCCAUUACAUGGAGUGUUUUGAAUACGGUAUGUAAUCGAAUACAACGUACAACUGGAUUCAUUCAUUCGGUCAUUUUCGGCCGUCGUAAUCUAUUGCUCACCAAUGCUCUGAUUUCGGCUUCCAUGGGUGCCUUCGGUGAUUCUAUACAACAGAAUUUUGAUAUUUUAAUAAAUUCCGUUCACAAAAAAGAUGAAAAUCGUGGUUGUGAAUCGAAAAAACUUGCCUAUUCGACUACCAGAACCAUUCAUAUGACCAUUGCUGGUUUGAGCACAGGUGUUCUUACUCAUUAUUGGUAUCUAUUGUUGGAACGUGUUUAUGGUAAAGUAAAUCGUCGUCGUCCUGCUACAUUGAUCAAAUUGGUUUUGUUAGAUCAAAUUCUAUUCAGCCCGGUCAAUUUAUUUGUCUAUUUUGGUACUCUUUCGUUAUGCGAACGUUCUGGAUGGAAACAAUUCCGUCAAGAAUUGCUGGAAAAAGGCAUGGAAAACAUUUAUGUGGUUGAAUGGCUUAUUUGGCCACCAGCUCAAUUGAUCAAUUUUGCCCUAUUACCACUGCGAUAUCGUAUAUUAUUCGACAACAUUGUUUCAUUAGGUUUCGAUAUCUAUGGACCUUACGUUAAAUACAAGAAACCGUUGAGUAAUGAAAAAUCCUCAGAACAGAUUGAUUCGUGAUCAGUUUGGAUUUCGUAAAUUACAUGUGAUACUUGAGUAUUGGCCAUCGGGCCCUGUAUUAUUAUAUUGUUUUAUUUUUCAUCUUUAUUUUGCUCAUAAUAAAUGUUUCAAUCGUUA